AUGAUGGCGGAGGCAGAAGGGUCUGCAGAUAUGCUCGACUUCGACCGCGACUCUGAGGAUUCAACGCCAGCAUCGGGACAGGAUGUCCCUUAUCACAGCCAUCCCCACGAUAGCCUGUCUCCCGAAUCCGCACAAUGUGUCGAAAACAACAUUACCAAUUCUGACGGGAGCAAAAAGAUCAAACUACAACUUCCCAUGAGUUGCGAUCCCCCGGGACCAGGUAAUAAGACUAGAUCAAAAGUUUGGGUGAUAUUCGGCGCCACUGGGCACAUGGGGCAGAGUCUCUUGCGCGCUUGUCUUGAUAAUGGUGACGAGGUCGUUGCCGUCGGUCGCAUCUACGAAAACACACUUGAAUUAAUGCAGAAAUCAUUUCCGCAGACGAACUGCUUCCACACACUUUGCGACGUGCGCGUACGAGAAUCUGUUUCUGCCGUGUUAGAUCAGGCCCUUAAAAGGUUUACCCGCAUCGACGUUAUAGCCAAUUGCUCGGGCUACGGCGUCAUCGGCGCCUGUGAAGAUCAAGACGAGCACGAGAUACGCAAUCAAUUUGAGACGAAUUUCAUGGGCACGGUACAUAUUAUACAAUCGAGUCUACCAUACUUCCGCAAGCAUGAAGCGGGGAGAUAUUUGAUCUUUAGCAGUACUUCCGGCGCAUUGGGGGUUCCGGGCUUGGGACCAUAUUGUGCGACGAAGUAUGCGGUGGAGGGAAUGAUCGAAGCCAUGUCUUAUGAGAUUGAUGCUUUUAAUAUAAAAGCUACAUUGGUAGAGCCAGGUUUGGUUAGGAGAGAUGAACCGGAGUGGGCUUCGAGCCCACUACCUACUUGGGGACACUUUUUGAUCAAAGCUCCUAGUGAACCGUACUCUGAUCCGUCUUCCCCAGCGCUGCAUGCGAAGAGGAUGAUUCAAUGGCUGGGGGAUAAACAGCCUACGAGUGCCCAGAAAUGCGCGGAAUUGGUUUGGCAGUUGGGCCAUUGUUCGUACCCGCCUUUACGAUUACUUUUAGGGAGUUACGCGAUAGAGAGUAUCAGAGAUCGUCUACGGUCAAUCAUAGAAGAGUUGGAGGACUGGACGCAUUUACAUCAUCCCGUAGCCCUUGAUGAGGAGCUUGAUAAUGAGGAGGAUGGUGAGGAUACGGACCGGCCUGCUAAGAGAAAGAGUGCGGAUCAAGCUGCUAAUGCAGCGAUGGCAGAAACGUUCAAAGUAGAGUCGGAGGCGGACAGCAGCACAUGA